AUGUUACGCUUCAACUUCACUAGGGCAACGAUAAAAUUCCUGCUCACUUCUGCCGCCUGCGACGUAAAGCUGAUGUUCUUUAGAGCUGUACUUGAUAAAAGUGGCAUAAGAAAUCGCUUGGACUACAGAAGCGUCGCAAACAGAGUGUUCGGUCCAGCUGUCAAGGAGUUACAUGACGACUUUGCCGAAGAGGUUUGGAGUGCAAGCACUGCCAAAUUUGGCGUCAUCUUGGGAAUGCCGUCGAUCAGACGAUACCUGAGACGCCGCCCACUUGCAAAGCACGAUAUCAUCAGUAUGAGUACGGAAUCUUCCCAAUGCUAUGGCAUGCGGUCCGAGGAACUUCCAUGGCAUGAUCGCGACGCGCGUCAAUCGAGAAGCACAGAGUCGACAAAGAACAAUGAAUUCCAGCAGCAUUCAAUGUCGAUACAAAAAGCAGAAUCGUGGUACUCGACACCUGGUGCAAACGUUAUGCCUACCAAGCUGCACGAACUUGCCAUCGAACGCAUGUGGGGUGUUGCCAUGGCACUUUCGCUAGGACGGGUCUCUCGGGUGUCCAUGAUGGUCUACCACGAGAAGCCAUACGAACCAUUGAGGUUGCCACCAGAACACUACCACAGGCCAGAAUAA